AUGAAGACAUCACAGACCCUCCUGGACAUAGCACAAACAAAAGUGCACAGAAAUGUGGAAGAGACCUUCUUGGAUACAGCAAUAGAAGUAGAUUCCUUCGUAGAAUCAAAUGAUGGAUAUAAUACAGUCAGGCACACUGCAAUAAUCCCAGAUACAUUCCCAUAUGAAUCUAUAAAAGACUCUAAUAUACCUAUACAGUGUGAAUAUCCCUUCAAAUUAGACAAAUUCCAAGAGAUAGCACUGCAGUGCCUGGAGAGAGAUGAAAGUCUAUUAGUCAGUGCACAUACUAGUGCAGGUAAGACACUAGUAGCAGAGUACUCCAUACACUUGUCUAUACAAAGGAAACAAAGGGUCAUAUAUACUUCACCCAUUAAAGCACUCUCUAACCAGAAGUACAGAGAACUAAACGAGAAAUUUGGUGAUGUAGGACUGAUGACAGGAGAUGUCACACUAAACCCAGAUAGCACAUGCAUAGUCAUGACAACAGAAAUAUUAAGGAAUAUGAUAUACAGGGGAACAGAAAUACUCAGAGAGACGCACUUUGUUGUAUUUGAUGAAGUGCAUUAUAUGAGAGACAGAGAGAGAGGUGUCAUAUGGGAGGAAACAAUCAUAUUACUGCCGCCUUCCAUUAGAUUUAUAUUCUUAAGUGCAACUAUCCCUAAUGCAGAGGAAUUUGCCAGGUGGAUAGUCUCCAUACACAAGCAGCCCUGCCACGUAAUAUAUACAGAGAAAAGACCUACACCACUAGAGCACUAUAUAUACGUAAAUACGCCAGGGAACAAAAUAACCCACAGAAAUACAGACCAACUUAAGACAGUCAGUGACCAAUUAUUCGUAAUAGUCGAUAAAGAAGGUACUUUCCAGACUAAGAAUAUACCACGCAUACAAAGAAGACCAGAGAUUAGUCAGGGCUACAACAGAAGAAGAGAGACAAUUAAUGUGGUAGAUAUACUGCGUAUACUAAGACAGACUAAUAACCUGCCCACAAUCAUAUUCUCAUUCAGAAGGAAGGAGUGCGAGUCAUACGCAAUGCUCACUGAGAAGGAAUUUGACUUUAACACAGACAAAGAGAAAGAUAUGAUCAGCACUAUAUUCAGUAAUGCACUGAAUACACUGAGAGAAGAAGACAGAACACUCCCGCAGAUAGUAGGACUAAAGGCACUAUUACUACGGGGCAUAGGCGUACACCACUCUGGUCUCAUGCCCAUUGUAAAGGAGAUCAUUGAAAUACUCUUCCAAGAGAACCUUCUUAAAGUGCUCUUUGCCACAGAGACAUUCUCCAUUGGACUAAAUAUGCCUGCUAAGUCAGUCAUAUUCACAAGUAUAAAGAAGUUUGACGGAGUGCAGACAAGAUUCAUCACUAGUGGGGAAUAUAUACAGAUGAGUGGCAGGGCAGGCCGUAGGGGUACAGACAGAAUAGGGAAUGUAAUACUCGCACUAGAAUCUACAAUGACCCUCACUGAGAAGGAAAUAAGGAAGGUUCUGCACGGCCCAUCUAAUACACUGGACAGUGCAUUCAAACUGUCGUACAACACCAUCCUGAAUAUACUCAGGCUGGACGGCAUGCAGGAAGACCACGUCAUAAAGCACUCAUUCCUGCAGUUUAGGCAUGAGAUGCAGGGAAAGGCACUGUAUAUGCGUAUGACUAAGUAUAUAGAUGGACUGUCUGCUGCACACGCAGAAUACACAGCAGAAACUGCAAAUAUACAGGAAAUAGCACAGAUUAAGAAGUACUGCGAAAUAAAACAGCAGGAAGGACAGGCCAGGAAGGAGUGCACACCCAGUCAGAGUGCCCUAAGAAGACUGCUUGUUCCAGGUAGAAUACUUGAGGUGGAAAUACCCCGGACCAAGACACGUAAUAUGCAGCCAGAUAUAACAGUGGAGUACGUAGAUGCAGUCACUGGUCCCCGUAGAACACUUGCAAUUCUUGUGGAAUACUCUGAGAGUGCACUUAUUAUUAUGACAGAAGAAGAAAGUGUCUUGGAAAUAGACGUAUCUUGCAUACGGCAAAUAUCAAAAUCAUCCGUUGAAAUUAAGUCUAAAAAGUCAAAGACAAAAGUGUUCAGGGAGUUCUUCUCUUCAAAAAGUGCUGACAUAAAUGCACUCUCAUUCUAUGCGAGUAAUGAACUAGGCAUAUCCAGUGAACUUGCAGAAAUGGCAGUUAGGCUGGAGACAGCUGCAGACAGAAUAUACACCACAUACAUAUACCCAUUAAACUCACAGGAUAAGACUGCUGUAUUCAAGGCCAUUGAUGACCUAUUUUACAUGCACGCUGUACAGCAGGAAAUUGAUGCCCUGGGGAAGAAGAAAGAGCAGACACGUCUUGUCAUGAUAGAUGAGUAUAAUAAUAAGAGACGCAUACUGCAGGGUCUUUCUUAUCUCUCCCAGAAGGAAGUGCUUAUUAAAGGGAAGGUGGCAAGUGAAAUAAGCAGUGGUGAUGAACUGCUUCUGACGGAAAUGCUUUUCAACAACGAAUUCAGCAAGCUGUCACCUGGGCGCAUAUGCUCGUUGCUUAGUUGUGUGGUAUUUGAUGACAAGUCAGAUAAAAUUAGUCUUACGCCAGAGUCUGAGAGUGCACUGAAGAUUCUUACGCAGACAGUGGAUAGACUGGUCUCUGAGUUUGAAAGGCUCGACAUGAACUUUAAGGCAAAGGAGUACACGGAGAAGUUCUGCUGUAAUUUGAUGGAUGUGGUGUACAGGUGGACAGAAGGGUACAGUUUCUCGGAAAUAUGCGAGACAACGGAAGUAUUUGAAGGGAGCAUAAUACGGUGCUUUAGGCGCCUGGAGGAAGUUCUUAAGGAAAUGUCGCGGGCCUCAAAGGUCAUUGGGAACGUGGAGAUGGAGAAUAAGUUCUCUGCUGCAAUCUCUUUGGUUAAGAGGGAUAUUGUCUUUGCUAACUCUCUUUACUUGUGA